GGGUUUUUUCAAGCACAUCUUGCUUCCUUGUUCAAUCUUCCUUUAACAUUUCACACUUUCAACCACUUCAGCAGGCAAGAUGGGUCUCCACAAGCUCACAGUUCUGUGUUCUGCGUUGUGUCUGGCUGUGUUUGCUGUUCAGCUGGCCGAGUCUCAGGAACUUCUCCAAGCUCCGACUCUCAGCUUUGCUGUGGAUGUGAACCAGAGUGCCAUUAAGCUGUACUCGUCCAUAGUCGUUGUGUGCACAAUUCCAAAUACGGCAAGGACGCCUGCAGAGGUGCACCUAUCUCUUGCCGCAAACACUUCCUCGGCCGUGCUGUCCUUCACCCUUACGAGGCAGAGUCCGGUGUUCUUCACACUCAUCGCGAGGCCUGAUUAUGAGACGGCUUUCAUCUGCUGGUACAGACACAUCCGGACCAACACACAGUCUCAUUUCAGCGAGCCCAUCAACAUAGUCAUAUCUGCUCUGUCUGAUCCCUUAGGGGUUCUCAUUCCACCUGUGUUUCCUGUGGGGACAAAGUACACAUUUCAGUGUGAGACACCACUGAUUGGCUACACAAACACCACACUGAGUGUGUAUGACCGUCUCCUUCCGCUCCGCUCCGGCAACAACUCCUUCGAAUAUGUUGGAUCGCGGGUUCUCGCUCCAGGAGAGUGGGGAGCUGCAAUCACUCGAACAAACGCCGGAGAAACGUAUGAGUUUCUAUGUGAAAUGGAAGUGUUCCUCAACGGGCGAGCCUUGCGCUCCAGAUCCAAACCCACUGCAGCCAUGCCAGAGGAGCUCCCGGUUCGUCUGGUUCCCAAAGAUCUGGGGACCUGUUAUGGAGAUGCGUAUGUCAGAGUGAGAGAUGACUGGAAACCCUUGUGUUUUGUCCCCAAAUUCGACAACAAUUUGAACGUGGCUAAGGUCGUGUGCAAAGAGCUAGGCUGUGGACAAGUGAUAGACUACAGAAAGCUUGGCAGUGCAGCUCACACUCCUGUAGGAACUCCAAAUUGCACAGGAAACGAGAAGAAGGUUGCAGAGUGUCCUAUAAGUUCAGCACGCUUUUGUGACCAAGGAACACUCAACGUCCUCUGCUCAGAGGCCCUCCCUCCGCCGACGCUUUCUCUGUCCAAACGUGAAACUGCGUCGCGGGUGUACGUCAGGACUGAAGAGUCUGCGACCCUCGAGUGCAUUUUUCAAUCGUCCAUAAAUGAGUUUGCGUACAUCACCCUCACACGCGACGGAAAUGACCUUUACACCGAAAGAACCCUACCUGGACACAGGGUGACGUGGAUAUUACGUAACACAGUGAAUGAGGGAGAGUACGCCUGCUACGUACAUACACGAGGAUUCAAGGUGUACAGGACAGAAAGCAGCAACGUGAUAGGCAUCUACAUUUAUGAUCCUCCACCUGCUGGAGCAGUUGCUGCUGGUGUCAUCACCACAAUCGUAGGUGUCAUAAUCCUUGUACUCCUCUGUAUUUAUGGUGCCAGUGAGUAAGACGUACGAGAUCUUCACUGAGUGGCAAUAAUACAACUCCACCACAUGGGGUUCCCAAAGAGCACAAUGGAAAAUAUCGUGAAAAAAACGUAUCACACGGGUCCACGAAUUACACGUAUUAAUCUCUAUGUAAAGGAAAAAGACAUUUUAAACAGAGGAAAUGUUUUCAUCUCAACCACCUUUGCUCCUGUUUCUUGUAAAUAAUUUAAAGCAUUAAUUAAACCUCAGUUUUGAAUAUCCACGUCCACACUAACCACAAAUUGUGUAUCUUCUGAUAUAUUCUUUUAAAUAUUUCAGUGUCCAUUACAGAUUAUGAAAAAUGUAUAUUUCUGUUUUCCUGUUACCUGAACACAUUCACCCCUAUGAUAUAUACAUAUCUGGAAUAUUCCAUACUUGUUCAACAGGAAGUUGCAUCACAAAUUUCCUGAAGAUCACGGUCUGUUAGUUGUAUGAUAUCGUGAUAUUGGCUGGUGAGGACACUGAACUUACAAGCUGGAAGCAUACAAGUUAUCCAAAUUAUAGACAAAAUGAUAAAUAAUUCAUUUAAACUAAUAGUAAUAAUAGCAAUAACAACAACAACAAAAACAAUUAUUAUUAUUAUUAUUAUUAUUAUUAUUAUUAUUAUAAUAAAAUAUCAAACUUAGAACGUUCUUAAUGCGAUUAGCAUGGAUGCCUGAUGCUAGUAUCGCUGGUACUUAUUUAUCCUCAAAUGAACUUGUUUUGUGAUCUUAAAUAUAGCAGCAAAACAAGUUUAACAACUAAAAAUACCACGUAAAAAUUAUAUUAAUCUAUCGUGACUCUUCCACAUUAAUCCUGUACAGUAUCAGUUAAAGCUAGCUGAUAUAUUUUAACAUUGCAAGUUGUUCUUUAUUAUAAUUAAAUGCUUUUCCUGAUUACAGCCAGGAUUACAGUAGAUUAUAUUGUAAGAGAUAUGAAUGUUUGUUUGUUUUUUUUUGUUUUUGUUUUUUUGGAAUCACUUUACAUUUUAAAUUAAGAACAAAUGGAACGUCUUGAACGUGUGAAAUGAUGCAUGGAUGAAUGAAUGAAUGAAUGAAUGAUUGAAUGAAAGAACAUCUGUAUUGUGACUGUAUUAACAUUGUGCUUGGAUUGCAUUUGAGUUGCUUAAAAGCAUUGACUAAAUAAGAGUGUAUUUUAAGAGUUUUAUUUUCAGUAUUAUAGGUUUUUUAUUUGAAAGUUUUGUUUUUUUCUUGUUUCAAAUUUCAACUUUAAAUGAAAGAGAAUAAGAUGAUGGCGUGUUAUCAAAAACGUGGAUUUGUAUCAAAAUUCUUGUUUGUAUUUAAAAAGGUAGCAUGUAGUGCAUUGAUGGUAGGAAUGAAAAGCCACACACAGUCAAUAUAGUGCUCAGAUUUAUUGCAUGCAGGUUUUGAUGGUGUCACAAUGUCAUUUGACAAACAAUAAACCUGGUCCUAUCGUCUGCUUUUUGUCUGAAUUUUUUUUUUGUCUGAGAAAAAAAAAAGAGAUGGAAA